GACGCCACACAACGAGGAUAGCUUAUACACCUCAAGAAGGCCGGAUUUUGCCAUUCGCUGUCAUAACCUUUACUCCUCUUACUCGCUGCUUUUCUUCAAACAUGCCCACGAUCACACUCUGGUUUCUCCAAGCAUCGAGGUGCAUACGCACUGCAUGGCUAUUGGAGGAGCUGGGGCUCGACUACAAUGUCAAAUUCUCUGACAGAGUGAAUGGAAAGGCGCCUGAAGACUUCAAACUGGCAUCGGGCAAUCCUUUGGGAAAGUUCCCUACCCUUCAAGAUGGUGAUCUAACUGUUUAUGAAAGUGGCGCAAUAACCGACUACCUGUGCGAGACAUACGACAAAGAGGGUCGUCUCCUACCACACGACCCCAAAGGGCGAAUCAAGAUCCGCCAGUGGACUCAGGCUGCAGAAGCCACAUUCGCACUCCACGCCCUCGCCAUUCUCUAUGCGCGAUGGCACAUCCCCAAAGAUGCGCCCGAAGGCCUCCUUGAAGCCACCGAGAAGAAUAUGUCGGCUAAUGUGCAGAACGACAUGUCUUGGCUCGAAACUGAGUUGUCGCUCUCGUCAGGCAAGUUUAUCUGCGGCGAUCAUGUCACCGCCGCGGACACCAUGAUGCAGUUCUCAGCCGAAUUCAUUGUUGCGAGGGAGCUUGGGAUACAGGGCAAGGAGUAUCCGAAUGUCAACAAGUGGUUGGAUGCUUGUAGAGAGACCGAAAGCUACCAACGCGCAUUGAAGAAGACGGGACAUAAGAUCUAAGGACGUCAUAGUGAAGAGAGAUGCGGUCUAGCAGUGAAAGCACUCCAGCUUCUUAUACAAUGGUGAACUUCUGCCUACUGUUCCAAUUCACA